AUGGGACAUAGCGAUCAAGUUAAAGAUGAUAUUAUAGAAUCCGAAAAUUUGCUCAUUGGUACUAGAGAACCGAAUGAUUCUGAAGAUUUAGCAAAUCUCGAGGGAUCGUCCUCCACCAAACCUGUCGGCCUAAGCGAUAUGGAGGCUUAUAGCUCUAGCAAAAGAUAUACAGUUGAAUAUGAAAACGAAACAUUAUAUAUCGAUUCUACAAAUUGGAGAGAUAGCACAUUAUUGAAAUUCCAAGUUAUAGCAGGUUAUCUUGUAUUUAUUUUAUUUGGGUUGGCUGAACAAACCGUGGGAACAUUGAUUCCCAAGUUUCAAGAUCACUAUCAAGUAAAUGACAUUCAAACUAGUUUCAUUUUCUUGGCCUCAGUUUUAGGUUAUUUCUUGAUGGCUUUAAUAAAUGAAAUAACCCACAAGAAUUUGGGUAUAAGAGGUGUUGUUAUAUUGGGUAGUGUGAGUAUGACAUGUGCCUACUUAGUUAUAUCUUUUAAGCCGCCAUUUGCAAUCUUCAUUCUUUGCUAUAUCAUGAAUGGUAUUGGAUUUGGGAGUUUAGAUGCAAGCCUCAAUACAUGGAUGGGAUGUUUAACAGAUUCAAAUCAACUACUUGGUAUACUCCAUGGUUGUUAUGGUAUUGGUUGCAUGAUCUCACCACCUGUCAUUACAGGCUUGUUGGAAAGAACGAAAAAUCCGUGGCAGUGGAAUCAAUAUUAUAUGGUUUUGAGUAGUGUAGGCGCAUUAAAUACUAUGUUCUUGAUAGUAAUGUUUCGAUAUGAAACUGCAAAGAAGUAUAAGUUUACUAUGAUUUUGAAAAAUAAAAGAGGUAAGAUGUUGGAUGACGAAAAUGAACUUGAAAUGGAUACAUUUAGAAAUCAAUCGGAGGUUUCUACUACAAACGAUGAGUUGAAUGACGAAAAAGAUGAUCAUUCCUCAGUUCCGUUGUCUGAGGCUUUGAAAUCUAAGUUGGUUUGGCUCUUUUCAACUAUUUUGUUUAUUUACGUUGGUGGUGAAGUUGCAUUUGGUUCGUGGUUAAUAACAUUCUUAACAAGGAUUAAGAACUUAUCAUAUACAUAUUCCUCAUAUAUGGCUACAAGUUUUUGGACGGGUUUAACUGUUGGUCGUAUAGGUCUCGGAUUUGCGACUGCUCAUUUUUUUAAGAAUGAACUAAUUGCUAACUUUCUGUACAUGUUCUUCUCCUUUGCAGGAUUUUUGGCUUUCUGGUUACUAUCAUGGGUGACUACUAAUUUUAUUCUUUUUAUUAUAGUCUUUUUAGCUGGUACAUUUGUUGGGCCUAUUUUCCCGACAACCAUUGUUGCUUCGUUGAAAAUCUUACCUCACAAGUAUCAUGCUGCAGGUAUUGGUUUCAUUUGUGCAUUUGGUGGUGGAGGUGCUGCUGUACUUCCAUUUUUGAUUGGUAUUAUAGCGGAAUCGAGUACUUUAGGUUUAACACUUUUGCCCUGCAUUGUUCUGGGUAUAUUUGCUUUGCUCUGUCUUAUUUGGUUAGGAAUGAUGAAACAAUACGGGGCUAGAUAUAAUACGAAUAGACUUUAG